AUGGAUAUGGAAUUAUAUCUGUGGAUGGUCAUCGUUGGAUUCAUCGUCGCCUUCAUCCUGGCCUUUUCUGUGGGUGCUAACGAUGUUGCCAACUCAUUCGGAACAGCCGUGGGCUCCGGUGUGGUCACUUUGAAGCAGGCCUGUGUCCUGGCCUCCGUCUUUGAGACGCUGGGCUCCAUGCUCCUGGGAGCCAAAGUGGGCGAGACCAUUCGGAAGGGCAUUAUAGAUGUCAACCUGUACAACGACACUGUGCCCGUGCUCAUGGCAGGAGAGGUCAGCGCCAUGGUCGGCUCGGCCGUCUGGCAGCUGAUCGCCUCUUUCCUCAAACUGCCCAUUUCUGGGACUCACUGCAUUGUCGGCGCCACCAUCGGUUUCUCUAUGGUGGCCAUCGGCACCAAGGGCGUGCAGUGGAUGCAACUGGUGAAGAUCGGUGAGAAUGAAGCGUUUGUAUCAGUAUCUUGGUCCUCCCGUCCAGACCAUUCUCCUCAGGACGACUCUGUCCCCAACGGUCUGAGAGCGCUGCCUGUCUUCUACGCCUCCACCAUUGGGAUUAACACAUUUUCCAUCAUGUACACUGGAGCCCCCUUGCUGGGGUUGGAGCUGCUACCAGUGUGGGCCAUAUUCCUCAUAACCUUAGCCGGGUCACUGGUCUGUGCAGCGCUGGUCUGGUUUAUCAUGUGUCCUUGGAUGAGGAGGAAAAUAGCAAGUCAACUGAAGAAGGAGCAGGCUUUGUCCAGGAUCUCAGACGAGAGUCUCGACAAGAUACCCGAGGAGGAGGAGGAGAGCCCAGUCUUCAAAGAGCUUCCCGGAACCAAAGGAAUAGACGAGGCUGUGAUGCCACUCACCAGAGGCAGUGAUCGAGGCACCCGUCAGUCCAGCGGAGAGCUCACCAACCUGGCUAAUGGAGGCACCGUCAUGCCGAACGGCAGGUUUUACGGUCGGACACACUCCAUGACCAACGGCUGCCUCAAGUCUCCCGUCUCCAACGGCAGCUUCAGCUUUGAAAGACCCACGCGCAGCGAUGGUCAGGUGUACCACACGGUACACAAGGACUCGGGUCUGUAUAAAGACCUGCUUCAUAAAAUUCACCUGGGCCGCAUGGAUGACGGCGACCGCUCAGGCUCCAACAUCCAGCCCGACAACAACUAUCGCCUGUUGCGCCGCAACAACAGCUACACCUGCUACACUGCGGCCAUCUGCGGCAUGCCCGUGCAGCCGCUCAUUCAUACAGAGUCACGUGACGACAGCGAGAUGCUGGUCGGCGAGGGAGGCGGCCGGAGUAACAGUGUGUCCUUUUCCAAGAAGAGGAUACGCUACGACAGCUACUCAUCGUACUGCAAUGCUGUAGCCGAGGCGGAUAUCGAAGCGGAGGAGGGAGGUGUGCAGAUGAAGCUGGCCAUAGAGCUGGAUGGCGUGGAGGAAGAAGGGACCCCGGAGCCGAUGCCUCUGGAUGAUCUGUCGGAGGAGGAGGAGGACCACGAGGAGAAGGACAAGCCUGAGGUGUUCCAGCUUUUCCACUUCCUCCAGAUCCUGACGGCCUGCUUUGGGUCCUUCGCCCACGGAGGCAAUGAUGUCAGUAAUGCAAUCGGGCCUUUGGUGGCGCUGUGGAUGAUCUACAACCAGGGUGGUGUGAUGCAGGAUGCCAACACUCCUAUUUGGCUGCUGUUUUACGGCAGUAUAGGCAUCUGCGCUGGUUUGUGGGUGUGGGGCCGCCGAGUCAUCCAGACCAUGGGGAAGGACCUGACUCCCAUCACUCCCUCAAGGUGA